AUGGCCCGCGGAAUCAAGAAGCACCAGAAGCGCCUCAGCGCGCCUUCGCACUGGCUGCUCGACAAACUCUCCGGCACCUACGCUCCCAAGCCCUCUGCCGGUCCUCACAAGCUCCGUGAUUGCAUGCCUCUGGUCGUCUUCCUCCGAAACCGCCUCAAGUAUGCUCUCAACUACCGUGAGACCCGCGCCAUCCUCAUGCAGCGCCUGAUCAAGGUCGAUGGCAAGGUCCGCACCGACCAGACCUACCCCACCGGCUUCAUGGACGUCAUCACCAUCGAGAAGACCGGCGAGAGCUUCCGCCUUGUCUACGACACCAAGGGCCGAUUCACCGUCCACCGAAUCCAGGCCGAGGAGGCCGAGUACAAGCUGGGCAAGGUCAAGCGCGUUCAGCUUGGCCGCGGUGGAAUCCCAUUCUUGGUCACGCACGAUGCACGAACCAUCCGCUACCCCGACCCUUCCAUCAAGGUCAACGACACUGUCAAGAUUGACCUUGCCAGCGGCAAGAUCACCGACUUCAUCAAGUUCGACACUGGCGCCGUCGCCAUGGUCACUGGUGGUCGUAACAUGGGCCGUGUUGGUGUCAUCACCCACCGUGAGCGUCACGAUGGUGGCUUCAACAUCGUCCACAUCAAGGAUGCCAUUGACAACAGCUUCGCCACGCGUGAGAGCAACGUUUUCGUCAUUGGCCAGGACAAGCCCUGGGUUUCCCUGCCCAAGGGCAAGGGUGUCAAGCUCACUAUUGCCGAGGAGCGUGACCGCCGCCGUGCUCUCUCUCACUAA